AUGGUGAUGAUGAUGAUGCCCUGUGUCUUUAUUGUUGCUCUUCAUGGUCUUCUUCUACAAAUGGUAAAAGCUGGAUUAAAUGCCAGGGAAAAUGUAAAGAAUGGGCACAUACUGCUUGUGCUGACGACAUUUUCCCCGAGAUCGGGGGUUGCCGUUUGGCUACCCAUGAUGAAACCGAAAUACCCCUCGCGCAUCCUCUUCUGCCGGAUACUGAGGGCCAUUGUCACUUCUGUCAUCAUAAACAAGAAUUCAAAGUGUUUUAUGGUAUUUUUAACAAAUGAAACUUUGAAACUAUCACUAAACAAGGCCGACGGGGAGGGAGGCCUCUGA